AUGGCCGUGUUUGUCGACUUGGGCGAGGAGGACGGCGAGCCUCCACAUAAUGGGCAGCCGGUGUGGCACGGCCUGGUGGAUGCCGUCAAGCCGGUGCCGGUAACGGCAGCAGCAAGCAGCGGCUUCCCGGUCGAUGGCGGCGCUGGCGACACAAGAAAUAUCACCGGCAAGCAGCAGCAGCAUGAGGAGGCUCAAGGGCGCGCCGUCGCGGAGAACCUGAACCGGAACUCCAUGACGCAGGCCCUGGGAUGCUAUCCUAUCAUCAUGUCGGUGGCCUCGUCCAUCGACCUGAACACGCUCGACAAUCUGUCGCGGACCUGCCGCCAGAUCCGGGAGAACCUGCUGCAGUACCGCAAGAUGCUGCUCGUGUCGACCCUCCAUUGCACCAACGAGCACCUCCCCGUCGACCCGGAAGAAACCCUUCGAUUCCGUGCGCGCGCUGCCAACUGGUACUACAUGCAGGACGCGGGCCGGUCGGGUUAUCAUGGGAAGUCGGGCCAGUGUGCUCGGGAUCUGGUAGCCGAGUGCCGGCGCUGCGGCACCGUUGUCUGUCGGAACUGUACGACCAAGCCUCCUGCUCCGAUUGCCCUGCCCGGCCGCCAUCGGCGUCUCUGCGCCGCAUGCGUGACGGCCCCUCUGGGCUCGCUCGUCAAGCCGCCACUUGGGCCCGAGGUCCGGCUUGAUUCCGACGAGAUGGCGCGGGCGGUUUGUACGUGCGAGUUGAUAGGUGUCUGGCUCUGCCAGCCAUGCGGAAGGUCCAUCCGCGGCGACGACUUAGAAUACAAGGGCAUCUGGAAAUGGCGCAACAACUACACCGAAGUCCUCGGUGGCCUGGGUACAGGCAUAGGCGAGGGUGACCGCGGCGUCAUCUGCGGUCGCGAGGACCAGUGCUGCGCGGCCCGCGAGCGGGAGCAAGAGAUGGACGGCGACGCCGAGGACGCCAGGGAAGCGGAAUACUACCAGCAGACCACCGCAACCCCGCGCAGCAACAGCAGCAGCAGCCACGGCGCAACCUCGUCGUCACUGGCGCCGUGGACCUUGAGCGGGCCCGGUAGCACCACCGCCAGCGUCAGCAGUCUUGCCAGCUCGUCGGGCGGAGGCUCCGCCCUCGAUCGGAGGACGCCUAGUCCCGCUCUCAAGCCCGGGUACGAGGGACACGAGGUGGAGGGGAUUGGGGGCGUCAUGAAGAAGCUGCGGGUUCGCAUGGUGAAGGUGGGCGCUUGCGUGCCCGAGUGGGAUGACGAGCGAGCCAAGGGCGAGAUUUUCGGUCGCGAGGUGCAGGGUAGGCGGAGGAGUUGGUGCGGGUGGUGCAGGAGGGUUAUUCCUUCGCGGAAGGACUACGAGGCGGGCAUGAAGUCCGAAAGCAAGGGCAAGGGGAAGGAAAUGGAGGCGUCGGCGAGCUGA